AUGAUGAAAUCAGCUUUGGGUUAUUGCGGAUUAUCAGACAUAGAAGUUGAGCAGAAAUCAACUGGAGAAAUUGUGAAGGGAAAGGCAGAGUAUGAAGUGGUGAUAAACAACACCUGCAUCUGCACCCAAUACAAUAUACAUCUAGAUUGCAAUGGAUUUAACACAGUGGUAUCAAUAGAUCCUACCAAAUUCAGAAAAAUAGAUGAUUAUCAGUGUUCUGUGAACAAUGAAGAUCCUGUGUUCACAGAGGCACCUAUUGUAUUCAAAUAUGCUUGGGAUAUAAUGUUUGAUCUCAAGCCUAUUUACUCUACAAUUGCUUGCUCUUAG